AUGGGACUUCUGUGGAAAUCUGCCAUAGUGGCCUCACAGAAGAAGUUGAGUCUGAUAAUCCCAGUUAAUCUAAGGACAAGAUCCAGUGAUUUUGUUGAAAGUAUGAAAGGUCAGGAUAUGUAUCUUAAGUUGAUGGAGACAUUAAAAAAUUUUGAACAACUGCUUUCUAACCCCAACAGCUCGGCUGAAGUUUUUAGCAUCAGCAAUCUUUGUAGGACUGGUUUUCGUGAAGUUGAUUUUGGAUGGGGAAAGUCCAUUUGGUCUUUCGUCGGCCGUGAAAACAGAAACAUAUAUGGAUCCAGAGUCGAACGUAUAGCAUGGCUAAUGGAUACAAAAAGCGGUGAUGGGAUUGAAGCAUGGGUAAACCUAAAAGAAGAUGACAUGGCUACAUUUGAGAAAAAUCCAGAGCUCCUGGCUUUUGCUUCUUUAAAUCCUAGCCCCCUUGAAAGUCAGGUUUCUUGUGUAUGA